UUUCAUGCUUUACUUCUCUAAAACGGAGGAUGCAGUUCAACACAUUUUGUUUCUCUAAAAAUUGAAUCUUUUUAGCUCUAUUUUUGUACUAAAAAUGGCUUCUUCUGACAAUUUAAUGACCAUGGAGCCAUGGGCUUUCCGUUCUGCUUUUGCUGAUUCUUGGUUUUCCGACGUAUUCACCAGAGAAACUGAAACAUUAACCAAAGUCCUCCAAAAAUGUGCCUUUCCUGAGCCAGAGACUAAACCGGUUCAGACUUCAACCGGGUCCGGUCGAACCAAUUCCGGUGGGUCAGAGAAUGAGACGACCGGUUUUUCGAACCGGAGGAGCAAAGUCGGAGUGAACGGGAAGAUAACUAAGAGGAAGUCACGUGCUUUAAGGCGUAAUACGACCACGUAUAUAACUGCUGACGUGGAUAAUUUCCGGGAAAUGGUGCAGCAGGUGACCGGCGUUAGCUUCGGCGGCGACGGACAGCUGCCGGUUGCUCAUGUUCUGAAACCUGAACCUCAGCGUGUUGUUAACCGGCUACAGCCUGGUUGCUUUUUGCCAACUCUUGACACGUCAGCUUUUUUGUUGGACCACGUCACUCAACAAUCAAUGGAACCUAUGCUGGCACAGCCGCAGACGGCGGCGGAUGUGGUCGUUGAUGGCGCCUCAUGUGGAUUUGAUUUUAGCUCUUUUUCUGCCUUUCCUACCCUUGAGUCAUUCAUGGAAAACAGCAAUGUAGUUUAAUGUAGCAGACCCUUUCUGUAAUUUCACUUGGAGGGUGUAGAUUUUUGGAGAAGUAGAGGAGAGGGUAAAAUGGGAAAAAUCAAAAUAUGUUCAUAGUUUUAGUUUUAAUUUUAGCUAAUCUAGUAGUGUUAUUUUUCCUUUUUUUUUAGUAAAUGAGAAUAUGAAGGGAUAUGAGUUGUCAUAUCCUUUCAUUUUCAUGUUUCAAUUGUAAUCUCAAAUCUAAUUCAAAUAUCUUUUUAAGAAAUCUUGUAUCCUUGAAA